AUCAGGUCCCAAUUGUUCCUGGCACCCCGUCACCAUGGCGUUCCUGGGGCCUUCCGCACCUUUGCUGCGGAGUCUUGCCCCCCGAUUGUCAAAGGAAUUCUUCACCUGCCGCCCAUGCCUCAUUAGGACUCAGAGUUAUGCAUCCACCUCCGCUUUGCGCAAGCAGUUCUUUGCGCCGGACAAUGCUCGCACUGCACUCAAUACCAUCUCUCUACGCGCCAGAGCCAAGGGUGCUUUCGCCUCUAGUCUGAGAAACUAUGCCUCCAAGUCCUCCAAGUCUUCCAAGUCUGCCAAAUCUCCCAAGCCUGCCAGUUCCUCGAAGCCCGCCCAGCCCGCCCAGCCCGCCCAGGCUCAGUCUGCUGCCUCUGCCGCCGCACCCGAGCAAGCACCGAAACGGUUCUUUCCUAUCCUCACUCACAAGGUGGUAGCCUACUGGCUGUUGGCUAGUGCUGCCAGCGUCUUUGGUAUCGUUGUAUUCGGAGGCCUUACUAGAUUAACAGAAUCAGGUUUGAGUAUCACAGAAUGGCGCCCCGUCACCGGAUCCAUCCCUCCCAUGAACGACGAAGAUUGGGAAUCCGAAUUCGCCAAGUACCGUGCCUCCCCCGAAUUUCAGCUUCUGAACCCGAACAUGACGCUCUCCGAAUUCAAGUCAAUCUACUACAUGGAAUGGAUUCACCGUCUCUGGGGCCGCUUUGUUGGUCUCUCGUUCGUGCUCCCGGCUAUCUACUUCGUCGCUAGAAGGAAGGUCAGCAAGCCCAUGGCUCUGCGCCUUGCUGGUAUUGCAGGCUUGAUCGGUUUCCAAGGAUUUCUGGGUUGGUGGAUGGUUGCGUCUGGACUCAAGGAAGACCUCUUCGCCCCCGGCAGCCACCCUCGCGUCAGCCAGUACCGUCUCACUGCGCAUCUUGGCGCCGCCUUCGUCUGCUACACUGCUAUGCUCUGGAAUGGUCUUGCUAUCCUGCGCUCUCAACGCCUCGCCUCCGAUGUGAACAAGGGCCUGAAGCAACUCAAGAAACUCCAUUCCAAGCACCUGACGGUUUUCCGUCGCUCUGUGGCCGGUGUGGCUCUCCUGGUCUUCGUUACCGCCAUGUCUGGUGCCCUUGUCGCCGGUCUCGACGCCGGUCUCAUUUACAAUGAGUUCCCCUACAUGGGCAAUGGACUUACCCCUCCCAAGGAGGAACUCUUGGACGCCCGUUAUUCCCAGCGUGAGGAUCGCUCGGAUCUCUGGUGGCGCAACAUGCUGGAGAACCCCUCCUUGGUCCAGCUCGACCACCGCAUCCUGGCAAUGACUACCUUCACCAGCAUUAUGGCCCUGUGGGCUUACAGCAAGGUCCCUAGGGUGAACCGCGUGAUGGGCCGCUCGGCCCGCAGAGGCGUUCACGGCGUGGUCGCUUUCGCCUUCUGCCAGGUCGGUCUGGGUAUCUCGACCCUGCUUUAUCUGGUUCCCACACCCUUGGCCUCCGCUCACCAGGCGGGAAGUCUUCUCUUGCUCACUUGGGUAUUGGUCCUGGGCAGCCGUGUUUGGCGCCCAACCCGGACAUUUAAGCUACUCCAGCUGAGACAGCAGUAUGCGGCUGCCAAGAAGGCUGCCAAGAAGGCCUAAAUCUUGUCUCUGUCAAAUCCCUGAGAAUAGGGAUUGCGGGCAUCGUUGACGAAAGAAAUGCAUGUGUAUGGCCCCGCCACAGUACCGCCUGAAGUGGCUCCUCGAUUUCUCUUGUGUUGUACUUAUAACCCAUCGUCCUCUCUACUUUUCGGAGCUUGUUGUUUUCCUUUUUGUACAAUAACAUUGCAUUUUCAGUGCUAUCUUGCGCAUUGUUACUAGAUCCUGUAGCGAUAAGAAGCUUUGCAGGAUGAACCUGAGAACC